AUGUCGAUUUCGAGGUCCUCGAAGGACCUGCUCUGCCUGUCUCGCCAAUUGACCCGAACGCCUCGACCUAAGCACAUUCCCCGCCAUGUCCUGUCUCGAGCAUCCUCAAGGGCGGUCGCUUCCUACACAGCGCCUUACCAGGCCAAUGCUAUAUCGGUGAUACAGAGUAGCGUGGACUCUUCCAGCGAUGAGUUCAGGGAGAAUGAGCGGCUCAUGGCCGAGGCAAUGGCUAGGCUGGAGAAGCUGACCCGGACGGUCCAGCAAGGCGGUCCAGCCAAAGCCAGAGAGAAGCAUCUAGCAAGGAAAAAGAUGCUUCCAAGAGACAGAGUCACAGCGUUAAUUGAUCCCGGGACAACCUUCAUGGAACUGUCACCAUUGGCCGGGCACGAUCUAUACGAUGCCGACGUGCCGGCUGGUGGGAUCAUUACGGGUGUUGGUGUCGUAGAGGGUGUUACUUGCGUGAUAGUCGCCAACGACAGUACCGUCAAAGGCGGCACGUAUUAUCCCAUCACGGUGAAGAAGCAUUUGCGUGCGCAGACCGUCGCACAGGAGAACAAGUUACCUUGUAUAUACUUGGUGGACUCGGGUGGCGCAAACCUCCCAAACCAGGCUGAUGUCUUUCCCGACCAGAACCAUUUUGGGCGCAUAUUCUACAACCAAGCGCGCAUGAGCUCGCAGGGUAUUCCCCAAGUCUCGGUUGUCAUGGGUCUUUGCACUGCUGGCGGUGCUUAUGUGCCGGCCAUGAGCGAUGAGAACAUCAUUGUUGAAAAGCAGGGCAACAUCUUCCUUGCUGGUCCGCCACUGGUCAAAGCUGCUACAGGCGAGGAGGUGUCUGCUGAAGAGCUGGGCGGUGGUGAAAUGCACACAUCCGUGUCAGGAGUUUCCGACUACCUUGCCGUGGACGAUGCACACGCUAUUGUCCUGGCUAGAAGGUGUAUCAGCAACCUGAAUUGGCCGAAGAAGGCGGACCCUGCCCCAGCUACCAUAUCAGAGCCCCUAUAUCCCGAGUCCGAGCUAUUGGGUAUUGCGUCCACAAACCUGCGGAAGCCGUUGCAGAUUUACGAAGUGAUUGCGCGCAUCGUGGAUGGCUCCCACUUCGCCGAGUUCAAACGCGACUUCGGUGCGACACUGGUGACUGGUUUUGCCAGCAUAUAUGGCCACAAGGUCGGCAUUGUCGCAAACAACGGUAUCUUGUUCGGCACCUCAGCCCAGAAAGGCGCUCACUUCAUCGAGCUCUGCGCUCAACGAGGCAUUCCUCUCGUCUUCCUCCAGAACAUCAGUGGGUUCAUGGUAGGCAAGGAAGCCGAAAGAGAAGGCAUCGCCAAGCAUGGUGCCAAGCUUGUCACGGCAGUGGCGUGCGCCGACGUGCCCAAGUUCACGGUCGUGGUAGGGGGCAGUUACGGUGCGGGUAAUUAUGGUAUGUGCGGUCGCGCUUACAGCCCCAGGUUCAUGUGGAUGUGGCCCAAUGCCAAGAUAGGGGUCAUGGGAGCCGAGCAGUUGGCCAAAGUGAUGGAGGCGGUUGGACAGAAGCCGGAUCCAGAGCUGCAAGAUAGGAUAGAGAAAGAGAGCGAUGCUGUGUACUCAUCAGCUAGACUUUGGGAUGAUGGCGUAAUUCCUCCCCAACAUACGAGGCGAUAUCUCGGUCUGGGUUUGAGGGCAGCACUAUCGGGCAAGAACGAGGUUAAGCAUGGCGAUACAAGAUUUGGUGUUUUCAGAAUGUAG